UGAUUGGGUUUUUUCAUUUUUGGUUGGCUUUCUCAAGUCAAACGUAGUUUAAGUCUUUAAGAUAGAGGAAAGAAAAGUCAUCAGCUUCAUCGCUCUCGAAUCAUAUAGUAUUCUUCAAAGUAUACCCCUUUUUCUCCUCGCUAAACCAACACCGUUUUCCUCAUAAACCCAUUAUAUUUCUUUCCUUCCCCUAGAAAUUUCCGCCUAACUUUACCUUUCUCCACUGCGAAUCGGCGUUUUCCGGGGUCUAGGUCACCGGGAAAUGGCUUUCCGGCGAGUAUCUGCCUCUGUUAUUCUUUUACUCUACUUACUGGUUUCAUCUCAGUCUCUCGAUUUCAGUAAUAUUCGGAAACCUCACAAGAUCGAUGGGCCAAUCAAGACCAUAGUGGUUGUAGUUAUGGAGAAUCGCUCCUUCGAUCACAUCCUCGGCUGGCUCAAAUCGACCCGACCCGAAAUCGACGGAUUAACUGGCAAAGAGUCGAAUCCCCUAAACGUCUCCGACCCGAAUUCCCAGAAGAUCUUCGUCUCCGACGACGCCGUCUUCGUUGACAUGGAUCCGGGCCAUUCGUUCCAGGCCAUCCGAGAGCAGAUAUUCGGGUCGAACGAUACAUCCGGCGACCCGAAAAUGAACGGAUUCGCACAGCAAUCGGAGAGCAUGGAGCCUGGAAUGGCGAAAAACGUGAUGAGCGGAUUCAAACCCGAGGUCUUACCUGUGUACACCGAGUUAGCCAACGAGUUCGGGAUAUUCGAUCGGUGGUUCGCAUCGGUACCAACUUCGACUCAGCCGAAUCGAUUCUACGUCCACUCAGCUACCUCCCAUGGAUGCUCAAGCAACGUCAAGAAGGAUCUCAUCAGAGGAUUUCCUCAGAAGACGAUCUUCGACUCGCUCGAAGAAAACGGACUCAGCUUUGGGAUUUAUUACCAAAACAUCCCUGCUACUUUCUUCUUCAAAUCUCUCCGUAGACUCAAACACUUGGUGAAAUUCCACAGCUACGCGCUCAAAUUCAAGCUCCACGCUAAGCUCGGGAAGCUUCCCAACUAUUCCGUCGUGGAGCAGAGAUAUUUCGACAUCGAUCUUUUCCCGGCCAACGACGAUCACCCGUCGCACGACGUGGCGGCGGGACAGAGGUUCGUUAAGGAAGUCUACGAGACGCUACGGAGCAGUCCUCAGUGGGAAGAGAUGGCUCUGCUCAUUACUUACGACGAGCACGGUGGGUUCUAUGACCACGUUCCGACGCCGGUUAAAGGUGUGCCGAAUCCUGAUGGAAUCAUCGGUCCCGACCCGUUUUAUUUCGGGUUUGAUCGAUUGGGCGUUAGGGUCCCUACCUUCAUUAUCUCUCCCUGGAUCGAGAAGGGCACUGUGGUACAUGAACCAGAUGGUCCUACACCACAUUCACAGUUUGAGCAUUCAUCUAUACCCGCAACGGUGAAGAAACUCUUCAACCUAAAGUCGAACUUCCUGACUAAGAGAGAUGCAUGGGCUGGCACAUUUGAGAAAUACUUCCAUAUCCGAGAUUCUGCUCGUAAAGAUUGUCCAGAGAAAUUAGCGGAAGUGGAACGAUCACUAAGGCCAUGGGGAGCCAAGGAAGACUCAAAGCUCUCAGAAUUCCAGGUGGAGCUGAUCCAACUCGCUUCCCAGCUCGUUGGAGACCAUCUCCUAAACUCAUAUCCAGACAUUGGGAAGAACAUGACAGUAAGUGAAGGCAACAAAUACGCAGAGGAUGCUGUUCAGAAGUUUAUAGAAGCAGGAAAAACUGCACUGGAAGCAGGAGCAGAUGAAAACACUAUAGUCACUAUGAGGCCGUCCCUGACGACCAGGACCAGCCCCAGUGUAGGGGCCAACAAGUAUAUUGGAAACUAUUGAAAAUCUAUUAAUAAAGAAAAUGGAUUAUAUGUAAAUACAAGUGGCCUCCACAUGUUUCACACUUCACUUAGAUGCAUUUAUGAUAUGGAAAAGGUAUAUACUUUGUAACGUAAAAUGUAGCUUAUGGCCUCCAUCUCCAUAGUUGGAGUGGAUGGAGACUUCUUGUAAUACUUAUAUGUAUACAAAAAUAGAUAAACAACCAUUAUAUAGUUACCA